UCUUUUUCAGACUUCCCCAUUUAUUUCAGUAAGAGAUGUCUACAAGGGGCGUACCUAAGUCGGACUUUGGGCUCAAGGUGAAGAUAUGUCUACGAUAUCUCGGUGACCCUGGAUAUCAACAAGGUAUUGGUCAGGAACUUGGUGUUAGUCAAUCAACGGUAUCUCGGGCUGUGGAUAGAGUUGUGAACAGCAUAGUUGCACAGUCGAACGAAUGCAUCAAGUUUCCAACUGACAACCAUGAACUGAUGGAGGCCAAGCGGAUAUGGCAAAGCAUCUAUAAAUUACCGACAGCAAUUGGUGAUUGUACACUUAUAGGAAUCCUGAAACCAAAUCGCCAUGGAGAUGAGUGUAUCAACCGAAAAGGGAAACCUACUUUAAAUGUGCAAGCGACUUUUGUGAUGCCAGAGAGAUGUUCACAAGUGUUGAUGUCAGUUGGCCUGGAUCAGUGUAUGAUUACAGAAUAUGGAGAAAUUCACAGACUAGAUCACAACUAA